AUGAAUUUACUCGGCACCGUCGCGCGCCGUUUUUCGCCCCUGCGUGACGAGCUCAUUUCGAACGACGCGGAUCACUGCGCCGCGCGCGAGGCGCCGCGAACGAUGUCGUCGUCGCUCGCGCCCGAGCGCGUCCCGAAGGUCCGCGUCGCCGUCGUCGGCGACACCGGGUGCGGGAAAUCCUCGCUCGUGCGCCUCAUGCUCGAGUCCGGGGAGCCCGGCGCGACGACGUCGUAUUCGACGACGCGUCGGCGCGGUGGUAGUCGCCUGCCAGACCGAACGAUAGGAUGCGAGGCGGAGGUUCGCGUGCUCCACCACCCGCCGCCGGGCGCCUCCGGCGAUUCAACGCCGCGGCCGCACUUCGUAGAGAUCUUCGACAUCGGCGGCCACGACGAGUACAAGGGCGAGCGGUCCGUCUUCUACGACGAGCUCGACGGCGUCGUCCUCGUGCACGACCUGUCGUUCCGAGGCAGCGCGAAGAAGCUGGAGCGAUGGGCGAGAGAGAUCGCCGCGACCGGGACGUUCGCGCCGGCGGCGUCGACGCCGCAGUGGAACGCGGCGCCGGGCACGCCGCUCGCGAUGCCGCCGUCGUCGUCGAACGUGCUUCACGGCUUCGGCGGGCUGCCGGUGCCCGCGCUCGUGGUGGCGAACAAGGCGGACUUGCACAAGAGACGAAGAGACGACGAAUCAGACGACCGCGGCGGAAAGGGCGGCGCGCGACGCCGAAGACGACGGUUCCCGUCCUUCGGCGGCGACGAGAACGAGAUCCCGGGCGACGGGAUCGUGACGUUCGUGAAACGGCUGUGGGAACGCGUCGCCGUGGCGCUUCAUCUUCCACGAACCGUCGCGCGAAAGGUCACGCGAAGGGUCGCGUCGUUCGGCCGGCUCGACGGAGCGCUCUUGCCGACGCACGUCGGCGACGCGAGCGAUCCGAACGCGCCGGGCGCGGCGUGGACGGACGCCCGCGCGGGGUACGCGGGGUUAUCCGUCGGGAGUGGGUUACGGUGCGUCGCGACGCGCGGGAGGAUGGACCGCGCCGUCGUGGACGCGUUCUUUCACGAGCUGUUGACGCGGCGGUUUGGGGGCGAGGGGGCGGGCGGCGCGUCGUCGUCGUCGUCGUCGUCGCGCGGAACGACGUACGGAACCGCGGGCUUCGCGUCGGGGUCGACGGACGCGCAGCUCAGAGGCGCGCCGCGGUCUCAGUGGAUGGGCGGCGAUCGCGUGGACGCGGGCGUGCACGGCGACAAUUUGACGUAG